AUGUCAAGUUCUUCAUCAUAUUCGGGUAGCAGCGCAGUAUAUAGCGAUUCAUCUCGUGCCAGCACGCCAGACCACCAUGCUGUGCCACCUCCGGCUAACGUAGCAGCUCCUGCUAUAAGCGAGGAAGCUCCUGCUGUGGAACAUCCAGCAGAAGCUGCUCCUCGCGCGGAAGAGGAACGCCAUUCGGAUGGCGAUGACGAUCCGUUUGCGUACUCUUCGCAUAACGAAGACAUGGCUACCGACAGCACCCAGGAUUCAUCUGAUGACGAUGUAAGCGAGUCAUCCAGCACUAGCGACGAUGCAGACGAAAAGAACAAGCCAAAUCCCGCUCCUAUUCCUACAUCACAGGAAAUGGGAAAGCUCAUUGUGGAUUAUCUAAUAUCUGAGGGCUAUAGAGAGGCAGCAGAGCUGUUGUGCCAGGAGUCAGGAUUGGAGCUACCCAAGGAUGAUAUUAAAAACUUGGAUGCGCGUAUGAACAUACGCUGUGCAAUUAUCGAAGGAAGACUGGAAGAUGCCCUGAGACUGGUGAAAGAGUUGUGUCCUACCCUUUUAGACGAGAAUCGAGAGGUUCGCUUCCAUCUGAUGCAACAGAAUAUCAUAGAAAUGAUUAGAAGAGGAGAAAUGGAGAAAUCCCUAGAUUACGCUCAAGAAAAUCUCUCAAAUGAUCCCACUCUAACUGACUCUCAGCUAGAUAGGUUAGAGAAGACGUUCGCGCUCUUGGCAUUUGAGAAACCAGCCGAAAGUCCAUUUGGAAAACUGUUGGAUCAAUCGCAGAGACAAAUGGUUUCAACUGAAGUGAACGGCGCUGUGCUACGAGCAUUAAACCGACCGGCAGCGCCGCGACUUGAGGCACUGCUGCGAAUGAUUGUUUGGGCGCAGAAACAACUGGUGACAGAGCGCGAUGAAGAUAGAAACGCAGCGCCGCCAUAUCCAGGCGCUGGCAGAUUCGGUGGAGCUGGCACAGGUGCUAGUGCCGAUACAAACACUAUUGCUCGAGCUCUCUUUGGUGGAACAUCUUGCUAGGCGGUAGGUGCUUGUUUCAGCAUUUACGCUUCUAUCCGGUUUCUGGGAAUAGCUGUUUGUGUAAGAGUAUUUGCUCGCUAAUUGUGAGGUUUGCGACUUCAAGCUAAAAGUGUUUUUUUUUCUCUUAGAAGUCGCAUGUCAACACUAGCUUGUCGUUCAUGCAAUUUGAAUUGUAUGUGCAGCAUAUAGCUUUCCAUUGUAAAUUGUUCAUUUUGGAAGUGGUGAUGAUUGCGACAUGGUCAUGUAAUCGUAGAACUAGUUUCCUACUGUUUAACAUAACGUAGUUCUGAAGUUGACUAUUAUUG